AUGGCGCCCCGCGGUCGUGGAGGAAAGUUCUCAAAGCCCUCGCGAGGAGGAGGCAAGAAGUUCAGUCGUGACCUACAGCCCAUCGACAAGGAGGGUAACCCAGUCGGUCUCUGGCGCGACCCCGGCGACGAAAUCCCCUCAUCUAGCGAGGAGUCCUCAUCAGAGGAAGAAAGCUCCGAAGAAGAGAGCGAUGACGCCGCUCCCGCCGGCGCCGCAGGCGCCCAACCCACCAGCGCAUCUGAAGAAGUAACCCGCGAAGCCCGCCGCGCCGCCGCAAAAGCAAAGAAAGCCGCCGCACUAGCAAAGCGCAAGAAGGGACCCGCGCAAGUCGGCGAUCUCCCCACAGACUCCGAAUCCGAAGACGACGACGAUGAGCCCGAGUCAUCAUCCGCCCUCCCCGCCAACCCAAACCACACAGCCAAGUCGCGCUCCCAACUCAUCAAGCCCACAGACUCGGACGAAGAGAAGAAGCCCAAAAAGGUGGUUAAGGACCUCUCACAGCUUUCUCGCCGUGAGCGUGAAGCGCUUCAGGCGCAGCAGGCUCGUGAGCGUUAUAUGAAGCUUCAUGCGGAGGGGAAGACUGAUGAGGCCCGGGCUGAUCUGGCAAGGUUGAAGAUUAUUCGGGAGCAGCGGGAGGCGGAGAAGGCGAGGAAGGAGGCUGAGAAGGAGGAGAAGGAUGAGGCUGCUAAGGAGCGGGCUGAUGCUAUUCAGGCGCGUGAGGAUAAAUUGCGGGCUGCGGCUAUGGGGAAGGUUGCGCCUGGUAGUAAGAAGGGGGGUAACAAGAAGAAAUAG